GCGGGAAGCACCGAUCCGUUCUCCCGGGACGCCCCCGCGGGGCGACCCCCCCGGCAGAACCUCCCGGCAGGCGCUCGCUGCCCUGCGAGGCCCCGCUGCCCGCACUGCGCAGGCGCGGCACCGCAAGGACCUGACAGGACCUUCCGUGCUUCCCAUCAGCCCCCGCGCGGGACCGCCCCUUCUCUCGGCGGGCGCUGCCGCGGACGGCGCCAUCGCGCACCCGGCACCAUGCCUGCCCUCAGGCCUCUCGUCAAACCUAAAAUCGUCAAGAAGAGGACCAAGAAGUUCAUCCGCCACCAGUCUGACCGCUAUGUCAAGAUCAAGCGCAACUGGCGUAAGCCGAGAGGUAUCGAUAACAGAGUUCGCCGGCGGUUCAAGGGCCAGAUCCUGAUGCCCAACAUCGGCUACGGCAGCAAUAAGAAGACGAAGCACAUGCUGCCCACGGGCUUCAGGAAGUUCCUGGUCCACAACGUCAAGGAGCUGGAGGUGCUCAUGAUGAGCAACAGGUCGUACUGCGCAGAGAUUGCUCACAACGUCUCCUCCAAGAACCGCAAGAUCAUCGUGGAGAGAGCGGCCCAGCUCGCCAUCAAGAUCACCAAUCCCAACGCCAGACUGCGCAGCGAGGAGAACGAAUAGAGCGGCUCCUGCAGCCGAGAUGUAUUUAAUAAAGUGUAAAAACCCA